UACUCUGGUCUCAACAUUUUUAUUAAAAACUUAAAAUAACCAAUGACAAGUUGACAACAUAGUGUUUCUUUAACUCUUGCUUGUUUAGCAAGAGUAUCAACUAUAUUUAGAUAGUCUCUAGAGACAGAAAGGUGUAACUACAAUUCCUUAAUAACUCUGUGACGUCCUGUAACACGAAAGAUGCCUCUGUGAUACACAAGAGUACUACUAUCAACUAUAUUUAGAUAGUCUCUAGAGACAGAAAGGUAUAACUACAAUUCCUUAAUAUAUCUAUGACGUCUUGUAGCACGAAGACUUAAAAGUGUCAACAAUAAGUCCGAUACAUCGUGUCACCAAACAAAAGAAAUCUACCAGUUGUGUCAUGCCGCGUUGUUGGUAAUAAGUACGUAACUCAACUCGUUUAAAUACUUAAUUUACAAAUAAUUUUCAUAACGUUGUACAAUAUUUAAUACGUAGUAAAAGAUUCGAAAUUCAAAGACGCAAAGAACAAAACAAGAAAAUAGAAGUCUCCUAAGAAUAACAAAAUGUAGAGCGUGAGAAUAAAAAUCAAUAACAAAAAUGGCUUACGGCGAAAAUAUCAUGAGAAAACAUCUCAAUUUGCCCAUGACUUAUUCGUUUGUAUUUUAUAUUUAAGCUUUGAAUAUUAUACAAUAUUUUCAAAAUCAAUAUUUUACCAUAAAUUAAUCAUACGACUCGAUGACAAAUUAAUGCUAGUGUGCUAUAGCUAGGCCAAUUAAAAUAAUACUUUGUCCACCAUUUUUUCCUAACAAUUAUCAAAAUUUUCGUAAAUUAUGCAUAUAACACUUCACAAAAAAAUACAAGGAACUAAAAUUCCAGUUUAUCCACAAAAAUAAACAAAACUAAUAAUUUUCACUCUAAAAGACUUCUCAGCGAAUGCCUUCUUUUCUAAUAUAUAUAUAGAGUAAAACUUCUAAUAUAUAAAAUCACUAUCUUUUUCCAUACUUGUUUAUUGUAUCUAUAUAUAGCUCGCUAUCUAUGUAUGUUUUAUAAUGAUGCGUGUGUAGGAAGAUGUCUAUGUACGUAGGCUAGUUACAAGAUUGUUAUAAAAGUACAACUCUCAUUUUCUACAUGAUUGUCAAGCCAUAUCACUCUGGAAACAUACGUGGCUCAAUAGUAGUAUGCAUAGACGAUGUAUGCGGAUUUUAGUGCAUAUGCAUGUUUAUGUAGAUUUAGUGAGAAUGGAUCAUAUGCAUGUUUAUGUGAUUUAUGCAUAGAACAUCUCUACAAUGGGUUGAUUGAUAUAAAGACUUGAAAGUAUCAACAAUAAGUCCAUGAAUGGUGUCACCAAACAAAAGAAAUCUACCUGUUGUGUCCUACCGCGUUGUUGGUAAGUAGAUUAACUCAUAUCGUUUAAAUACUUUAAUUUACAAAUAAAUUCUACAUCAAUCUUUAGAUUUAGCACAUAACUUCAUCAAUAUAUAUACAUCCAUUGUUAACAAGAACUGAGAACAAAACAUAAACACAGAUCUCUACAAAAGAAAACAGCUUAUCACAAACAUGUCAAAGCUCAUUCUAAUCCUCGCCGUACAAAUCCUCCUUGUCACAACCUUUGCCUCCGCCGUAGACCGUGGAGACUUCGCAAGAACAAUGAACCCGAAGCGCCUCCACAUGAAAGAGAAACUCACUCAUCUCCGAGUAUACUGGCACGACAUCAUAAGCGGUCGAAACCCUAGUGCCAUCGUGAUCAAAAAGCAUGUUGCGAAGCACUCCUUCGGAUCAAUCACAAUGAUAGACAACGCACUAACAUCUGAUGUGCCGAUUAACUCUACUUUGGUGGGCCAGGCCCAAGGUUUCUACGCAGGAGCGUCCCAACAUGAGACAAGUUUCUUGGUGGCGAUGAAUUUCGCUUUCAAGACAGGGAAGUAUAAUGGAAGUACGAUCACGAUUCUUGGUCGGAACUCAAUUUUUUCUGAGGUUAGGAAAAUGUCGGUGGUCGGAGGAAGUGGGAUCUUCCGAUUCGCUAGAGGUUAUGUCGAGCUUAGGACUAAAUGGUUCGAUCAACAAUCAGGAGAUGCCACCGUUGAGUAUAACUGUUUUGUCUUGCAUUACUAAGAUAGUUGAUUAUAAUAAUUAAUAAGACUGUGUCCGCUAUGUACUUCUUAUUUUGAUUUAGAAUUAUAAUAAGAGUGCUAUUUUAUGUUUA